UAUGUAUUAUUUAUAUAUAUCUAUAGAACACGCACACAUACACAAAUACUUUCGAAUUUAAUUGAGUUGUGUCGUCAUCGGUGAUUCCGUUACUUAACAUUCACUUUCUAUUCCCCAAGUUACGGAGUUUACCUACGUCAAAUAUUUAAAUAGAUAAAUGUAUAUGUGUAUUUAGAUGCUUUUAUACCUUAUGGUUAUGCAAGAACUAAUUGCAAAGUUUUGAACCUUAAUAAAAAAAUAGAGUUUUUGUGAUGUAUUUUUAUUUAAAAAAUAAUGUUAAGAAACAAUAUGUAAGUGUGUAUUAGUAAUUGUGUGCACAAACUAAUCAUUUAAUCAUUCUUCACUUGAAAAUAUGGCGAAAAAUAUUGCAUCGAAUAAUAGUAACAUGGAACCAUCAGCACCUGUGGAAGCCUCAUUACCAAUAGGUCCACCUACUUACGAAGAAGCUAUUGCUUAUGGUGGUGUACCUAAUCCACCAUACCCUGUUGGAGUACCCUCCAUGCCAGUACCUUCCAUGCCAGUAUCCUCCAUGCCAGUACCACCUACCUAUAAUCAACCACCGAAACAAAUGACAAUGCCAAUGCCCUCGAAUUAUGUCGUGCCGGCUGACCGCAACGCAUCACAGUCGCUUAAUACGGAUCAGAACUUUGCACCUCCGUCGGAAGUGCGAAUCAUUCACCAACACGUAACCUUUGCGCUAGGUCCGCACGCGGUCAAAAUAACCUGCCCGUCCUGCUAUGCUGAUAUUAAAACCACUACGAUAUCGGAUCACCAACCGGCUGCUCACAUUUGUUGUAUUAUCCUCUGUUUAUUGGGAUGUUGCCUCUGCUCUUGUCUGCCGUACUGCAUGAGUACCUUCAUAAGUGUUCAUCAUUUAUGUCCCAAUUGCAAAAGUCACAUUGGUACAUGGAAAGGUUGAUUGCUACUGUGAAAAAAAAAAAACAUGUGCAAUGUCUCUCUUCACGUGGUGCACAAAAGACGUAUUUUUUCUCAGCCUUCCAUGUAAUAAUAGUAAUAAUAAUUAGGUAUUGCGUUAUUUGAUGAAACAAGAUACAAAAAAAGAUAACAGAAGAAAAGAAAGAAAAAGAAAACAAAAACAAACUACUACGUAUUCGAUACUUUAUAAUCGUCGUGCAUAAAAAGUAACGCAAGAAUGGUUAAUAA